UUAUACGAAUUAUAUGCACAGUGAAUGAGGCAAAAUAGUGAUUCAUAUAGAGUAUAUAAAGAGAAAUGAUAAUGCAUCACUUAUCAGUACAAAGUUUAAGAAGUUGUUAAUUUUUUGCAACCUAUUACUUUCCACAAAUACUGGCAUUCCAUGUAAGUACAAAGGCUAUGUUUGUGGAGUUUUGAGAAGUAUCCGUUUGAAUAUCUAUUUGAAUAUUCUCUUAUUUUCGGUGAAGCACUUUGUCAAAAUACAAUUAAAACGUGGACAAGUAAUGCACCUAUUACAACGAACAUAGAGACUGAAUGGAAUUUAAACUUUUAUUAAACAGUUGUUUUGAUGUUGUUUUUUUUCUAAAUUGGCGAAAUCGACACGUUUGAGUUAUUGAUAUGAAGUGCAGUUUUUUAAACCCUAUGUAUUACUCAUUAUUAUUCAACUUUACAAUAUUACGCACUUUAUAAGAUCAAUUGCGCACAUGAUAUGAAACAGGUAGAGCUAAUACAAAGCAUAACUUGGCCAAUACGAGAAAAGCAGGACCAGUACGACAAAGCAGGGCCAAUAUGGAAUUCACGCAUUCUGGUUGGUUCAAAAAGAGGGCCAAUACGGAAAAGUUACUUUCGUUGGAUUUUUAAACGCCGCCAUUUUUGUAAAUCAAACAAUCAACAAUAGUAAUAACAAUGAUAACGAACGCAUAAAAUUUUGGCUCUCGGUGUGCAUCUAUGACCGCGCCUAAUGAUAUAGCGGUCUCUAACCUAAAUCGUUUUUAUCACAACUUUAAUUCUUACGAGAGACUGCUGUCAAAAGCAGACGACUGAAAAGAUAGUAAAAAAAGAACUAAACGUAAAAAUGGAUAAGAUAAGUAAGGGCGAGGAAGUUCUACGGAUGUUAGCAGAUGAUCUUUUAGAUCUAAAAUCAUUAGCAGAACAGGAAGACUUGGACAUUUUAGAAAGUAAGCGUGAAAUCGAGCUCGUCGAUGGCGAUGUGCAAAUGACAGAUGUAAACAAACAGCGUUUUGCGACUGUUGAAGAUGGUGACACGGACAGUUUUAUUGAAGAAAAUAAAAAUAAAAACACAUCAUACCAAACAAAAAGUGAUUUGAAAAUAUUUAGCGACUGGGCUCAAAGUGUUGGAGAACUUAGGCCUGUGGAAACCAUCCCGAUGGAAGAACUUGACAGUUUGUUGGCUAGAUUCUAUUUGGCUGUACGUAAACGUGACGGCUCAGAGUAUGAGCCCGACACAAUAAGUGCGAUUCAGAAUAGCCUUGACAGACAUUUGAAAGAGAACAAGGUUAAGUUCAGCAUAAAAAGAGAUGAGGGUUUUAGUCAUUCUAAUCGUGUCCUCGAGCCGAAGAGAAAGAGUCUUAAAUCACAGGGGAAGGGAAACAAAAAACUCCGUGCUGAUCCAUUAACCGCUGAGGAGAUAGAAAUGCUACAUAAGCAGAACAUUCUUGGAAAUGCUACACCAAAGAGUCUCCUUCGUACAGUAUGGAUAAACAAUGGUGUCUUUUUUGGUCUUCGUGGGCGUCAGGACCAUACCAAUCUGCUCUGGGGAGACAUUGAACUAAAAGUAACCAGUAGUGGCAGAGAGUACCUCGAAUUUAUUGAGCGUUCAACCAAGACAACAAGUGGUCAAAGAGGCGCAUAUAGAAAAGUCACCCCAAAAGCGUUCGCGACAGAAGACGAAAAUUGUCCAGUCAAAAUGUACAAGACAUAUACCAGUCAUAGACCAUCAGAUUUAUUAAAUCCAGACUCCAGAUUUUAUCUUCAACUUUUAAAAUCCCCAUCAGGGCAAAUUUGGUACUCCCAUCAAGCUGUCGGUUAAA